AUUAUUAUUUGAAUCCUCUGAGGUUCCGCGUGACGCCGCACGUCAUCAGCAGCGCACGCGGGGCGGGGCUCGUUAACGGAGAAAUCGAAAUAAAGGAUCCUGCAGAAAUCUCACCUGAAACUAUCCCACUUCCCAGCGCACCGCUAAGAGAUUAAUCUGCUGUGAUGCCUAUUCGCCGAGCAGCCGCUACUCCCACCCAGGAGAAGGCUCCUGGUGCAGAGAAAGACCCAGAAGCCGCAUCAGAGGAGUCGCCCCCUGCUGACGAGGAGCAGCCUGCAUCCUCAGCUGCCCCAGCUGAGGAGGAGACCUCAGGCGACGGAGAGACUGAGGGGAAUGCUGAGAAGGCAGAGCAGAAGCCAUUGGAGCCGAAGGAGGAAAAUGAAGAUUCGAAAGAAGAACAAAUUGUGAAAUGCGAGGACUGCGCGGCUGGACAGUGCUCCACACACUGCUAUGUUCUCCUUCUAAGGAUGAAAGAUGGCAUGAAGUAUAAGAAAUCCAAAACCAAGAAGGUGAAACGGACAAUUCCUGCAUGGGCUAGCGUCACCUCAAGCAAAAAUAUUCCUGUUACCAACUUUGCAGGCAGGCAGAACCAAAUGGAAAACAUCCUUGUGGAAGCUAUAGGGUCCUCUAACGAGAGGUCUGGGAUGUCCUUCCAGUCCGUCAUGAAAUAUAUUUUGAAAAAAUACCCAGGGAUGGAGCUUAACAAAAAGAAGUUUAUCAUCAAGAAGGCGAUGAAGAAACACUUGGAGAAGGGCACAAUCAAGCAGCUAAAGGGAAAAGGCCUUUCAGGGACCUUCGCCAUGGGCAAACAGCCUCCUCCAUCCAAGAAAGGAGCUCAGAAGCAGGAGUCUCUGGGAGACGCCCUUCCUCUGAUCAUCACUCGGCUCUGUGAGCCCAAAGAGGCGUCUUACUAUCUGAUCAAGAAGUACCUGGAGCAGCACUUCCCCAGCUUCAACAUUGAAAACAGGCCCGACCUCCUGAAGUCGGCCCUUGUGAGAGCCGUAGAGAAAGGACAUCUGGAGCAAAUCACAGGGAAAGGAGCAACAGGAACUUUCCAGCUGAAGCGAGCUGCCAAAGAGGCGCAGCUGAAAGGCAGCAUGUUGGAGGAUGCCAUCACGGUCGCCAUCACAGCUAUGAACGAGCCCAAAACCUGUAGCACCACAUCUCUGCGCAAAUAUCUGGUAGAUUCCAACAAGCACGUAAAGGAGAACCUGUUGGUGGCCAACUUGAGGAGGACUCUGACGAAGUGUAAAGUGCUGGGCUGGAUGGAGCAGAUCACUGGUCACGGUUUCACAGGGACAUAUCAGCUCUCCUUUCCAUUUUAUCCCAGUCCGACCACCCUUUAUCCAGAGAAGUUCAAAGAUGCUCCAAAAAAAGUAGUCAAACCGAAGAAAACUGUAGAUUCCUCCGAUGAGGAGGAGGAAGACGAAGAAGAAUCAGAGGAAGAGGAGUCAGAAGAUGAAGCUCCGGCUCGAAGGAGGAAAUCCAAUAAGAGGCCUCCCCCCAAGGCUCAGCGUCCUCCACCAACCAAGAAAUCCCGCAGUGUCAGCAAGUCCAAGGCAAGAGGCAGAGGUCGUCAGCUUGCAAAGACUCCUCCGGCCAAGAAAACUGUGAAAUCAGGGAAGAACCCAUCAAAGAAGGAGACUGUAUCAACGCCUAAAGCUACACCUGUGAAGAGAGGUGCUCCCUCAAGAAAGUCUAAAACACCAGCCGUAAAAAAGCUAAGCAAAAGAGGGUCCAGGAAAGCGGCAUCCAGAGAGUCCUCCCCAGAUGAGCCCAAAGUGGAAAAGGUGACAGCAAAAAGUGGGUCCAGGCGAACAAAAGCUGAGGAGUCCUACCCUGAGGAGCCUAAAGUCGUAAAGGAGACUUCAAAAAGUGGAUCAAAGCGAGCUAAAGUGGAAGAGUCGACCCAUGAGGAGCCGGCGGCCAAAAAGCAGGCCACCAAAGGCGGCUCCAAAAAGGAGGCAUCUUCUGAGAAGGCCGACCUCCAAAAGAAAACGAAAAGCAGCAAACAGUCGGCCCGGAAGUCCAAGAGAGGAAAAUACUAAACCCAUGAGCGCCUUCCAGAAACUGGGCUGUGCAGACCGUUCAGAAGUCUGCGGCUGUGUUUCAACGCUCUCUGUUUUCAUCCUUCUUUUCUGUUUUAGAGGGCUGUAGUUUUAAAGUUUGUUUCUUUCUACUGUAGAGUAAGGACAUGAUCGUAACAGUUGCGUUAGCUGUGCAUUGAGCGUGUGUUGAAGUACUCUUUUUUUU